GUGCGCUUGAUAGGCUACUGUGUUGAAGGUUCCCUCUUCCUUGUAUAUGAAUACCUUGAGAAUGGCCACAUAGGCCAACAUCUGCGUGGUACAGGAAGGGACCCAUUGCCAUGGUCUACUAGGGUUCAAAUUGCUCUGGAUUCAGCUAGAGGUCUUGAGUACAUACAUGAGCACACCGUACCAGUUUACAUCCAUCGUGAUAUUAAAUCAGCAAAUAUUCUGAUAGACAAAAACUUCCAUGCAAAGGUGGCAGAUUUUGGAUUAACAAAACUGACUGAAGUUGGAAGUUCAUCUUUGCAAACACGACUUGUUGGUACUUUUGGAUACAUGCCUCCGGAGUAUGCUCAAUAUGGUGUUGUCUCUCCUAAAGUUGAUGUCUAUGCUUUUGGUGUUGUCCUAUAUGAACUUAUUUCAGCCAAGGAAGCAAUAGUCAUGCCAAAUGAAUCUGUUACUGAAUCAAAGGGUCUUGUUGGUUUGUUUGAAGAAGUACUUAAUCAGCCAGAACCUGACGAAGACCUUCGCAGACUGGUUGAUCCAAGACUUGGAAAUGACUAUCCCCUUGAUUCAGUCCGCAAGAUGGUGCAGCUUGCCAAAGCUUGCACCCAUGAAAAUCCUCUAAUAAGGCCAAGUAUGAGAUCAAUAGUGGUCGCGCUGAUGACACUCUCUUCAUCGACAGAAGAUUGGGAUGUUGGAUCUUUCUAUGGGAACCAAGGUCUAAUAAAUCUUAUAUCCGGAAGAUAGUAAAACAGGAUUAUGCUUCCAUACAGGAUUAUGAAAGCUGGCUUUGAUUUGUAACACUUGGAGCAAAAUAAACUUCAUUGUGAGUUAGAAAUGGAACAUUUCCUCAAGGGGAAAUAAAUGUUUUUUUUUGGUCUGAUAGCAGUGUUUAUUAUUGUCCCAUACUCAGUCACAGAUGUCCAAAGGAGACAGCAACCAAACUUUUGCAUGUUCGUUUCUUGUGUCUAUUGUUCAGGAGUUCUUGUUUCA